GGGCCAGCCUCCUCACUCACCUCCCCUUACUCCACCGCCUGCCAGGCUCAGCAGCUGCCCAGCUGCCUCAGCCCCGAAACCAUGCUUCCAGGUCUCCUGUGGCUGGGCCUCACUCUGCUGGGUGUCCUGCAGACCCAGGCUCAUGGCCCCACCAAAAACCUGAUCCCAGCCCCACCUCUGUCCAGGGUCCCGCUGCAGCCAAAUUUCCAAGAUGACCAGUUCCAGGGGAAGUGGUAUGUCGUGGGCCUGGCGGGGAACGCAGUUUCAAAAGAAGAACAAGGCCGGUUUAAGAUGUACACCACCACCUAUGAGCUGAAAGAUGACCACAGCUACAAUGUCACCUCCACCUUGCUCAAGGGCCAGACCUGUGACUACUUUAUCAGACCUUUUGUUCCAAGUUCCCGGCCUGGCCAGUACACCCUGGGCAACAUUAGGACUUACCCUGGACUGCAGAGCUACACCGUGCGAGUGGCCGCCACCAACUACAACCAGUUCGCCAUGGUGUUCUUCAAGAAGGUCUCCUCAAACCGGGAGUACUUCAAGACCACCCUCUACGGGAGGACCAAGGAACUACCCCGUGAACUGAGGGAGAACUUCAUCCGCUUCGCCAACUCCCUGGGCCUCACCAGUGACCACAUCAUCUUCCCUGUCCCGAUCGACAAGUGCAUCGAUGACCAGUGAGCAGGUGGUGCCUCCUGUCUCUCUCCUUCCCCAUUGCCCUCACAUCAGCCUCUGCCCAAGAUGCCGCCCAGCUGCCCCCACCAGCCUGGACACCAGUGAGAGGGCCAGGAGACCCUUCUCACAGUUCAGCCCACCCAGCUGCCCCCUAAGCCACCCUGCUGAUGGAAUUGCUCCCUGACUGCCAAAUAAACCCAUGCUCCCAGUC